AUGACAGCCGGAGAAUCACUGGGAGAUAAAGAAGAAAAUGGAUCAAUGAGGAAUCAAGUUAAGUUAGCCGAAGGGAUCCUAGUGGGAUGUGGUAAUCCUCUACUUGAUAUUGAAACGAAUAUUACGAAGGAAUUCCUUGAAAAAUGGAACUUGAAAGAGAACGACGCGAUUUUGUGUGAUGAUCAACAUGCACCAAUGUUCACAGAACUGAUUGAGAACUUUGAUGUGAAAUACGUUCCCGGUGGUUCAACACAAAAUACAUUACGUGUAUGUCAGUGGAUCUUGAAUGAGGCCAAUCGAACAGUAUUCUUCGGCUCAAUAGCGAAUGACGAAUAUGGCGAGACUUUGCGGAAGAAGGCACUCGAAGCUGGCGUUCAUGUGCGUUAUCAAACGAAUCAAGCGAACGACAUCAAGACGGGCACUUGCGCGGCACUUAUCUACAACCAUCAACGUUCACUUUGUGCUCACUUAUCAGCCGCUAAUACAUUCACAGUGGAUCAUUUGUGCCUGAAAGAAAAUGAAUCAUUCAUUGAGGGCGCACAAUAUUUCUAUAUUGCGGGAUUUUUCCUCACUGUAUGUCCACCAGCAAUAAUGAAAAUCGCAAAACAUGCAGCCGAACAUAACAAGGUGUUCAUGAUGAACCUGGCAGCUCCGUUUAUCCCGAAAUUCUUCUCGGAACCAUUGCAAGAAGCGCUACCAUACGUUGAUGUGGUGUUCGGUAAUGAAGGUGAAGCAAAAGCAUUCGCGGAGGCGAAUCGUUUCGAAAAUGCACAAGAUAUCAAAGAAAUCGCAUAUCGAAUAGCCACUUCAAGUGACAAGAAAAAUGUCAAUCGGUUAAGAACAGUGAUCAUCACACAAGGUAGUGAUCCGACAAUAGUGGUAAGUGGUGAUUCGAUAUGCGAAUAUCCGGUGAAAAAAUUAAAUAAUGAAGAAAUUGUGGAUACGAACGGUGCUGGUGAUGCAUUCGCUGGAGGGUUUAUAUCACAGUUCAUCCAAGGUAAAUCAAUCGAAGAUGCAGUGCACUGUGGUCAUUACGCAGCAAUGUCGAUUAUCAAACAACACGGUUGUACAAUCCCCGUCAAUUGUGAUUAUCAUUAA